CUGAUUGGGUGGGGACCCCUCCCUCCCGGGUCGCCCAGGCCCUGCAGGUUUGCGAGUGGCCCUUCGCUCCUGGGAGUGCGACCCGGGAGCGCAGCUGGAUGACAAUGUACUUCCUGGAGUUCCUGGUGUGUUUGGUCCUGGGGAUCCUACACUCCCAGGGGAGCAGAGGGAUGGUAUCAGCUAUGAAUCCUGAAGCAAACAUGACUGUGAUUCAAAUGAUAAGAUACUGGGGAUACCCCAGUGAGGAACAUUUUGUGGAGACAGAGGAUGGGUAUAUCCUGGGCCUUCACCGAAUCCCUCAUGGGAAGAAGAACCACUCUGAGCAAGCUCACAAACCAGUUGUCUAUCUUCAGCAUGGUUUGAUGGCAGAUUCCAGUAACUGGGUUACAAACACAGAUGAGAACAGCCUGGGCUUCCUCCUUGCUGAUGCCGGUUUUGAUGUGUGGAUGGGGAACAGUCGAGGAAACACGUGGUCUCGGAAACACAAGACUUUCUCCAUUUCUCAGGAUGAAUUCUGGGCUUUCAGUUUUGAUGAAAUGGCAAAAUAUGAUCUCCCAGCUUCCAUUGACUAUAUUCUGAAUAAAACCGGCCAAGAGCAGUUGUAUUAUGUGGGUCAUUCUCAAGGUACCACCAUCGGUUUUAUAGGAUUUUCGCAGAUUCCUGAUCUGGCCAAAAAAAUCAAAGUGUUCUUUGCCUUGGCUCCUGUGGUUUCACUGGAUUUCAGUUCCAGCCCUCUAACCAAGUUAGAAAUCUUCCCCGAAGUUUUUGUUGAGGACAUAUUUGGACACAAAGAAUUCUUUCCUGAGAAUCCAAUCACAAAGUGGCUCAGUACCCACUUUUGCACCCAUGCCAUUCUGAAGGAGCUUUGUGGAAAUUUCUUUUUUCUCCUCUGUGGAUUUGACGAGAGGAAUUUAAAUAUGUCAAGAGUGGAUGUGUAUGGAGCACACAAUCCUGCCGGAACUUCUGUGCAAGACAUGUUACACUGGAGGCAGGUUGUUAAACUUAAUAAGUUUCAAGCUUUUGACUGGGGAAGCAGUGCCAAGAACUACCUACACUACAACCAGAGUUACCCUCCCAUGUACAACGUGAAAGACAUGCCGGUGCCCACGGCCUUGUGGAAUGGGGGUCGAGACUGGCUGGCAGAUGCCAGUGAUGUCCAUAUCUUACUGACUCAGAUCACCAACUUGGUUUACCACAAAGAAAUUCCUGAUUAUAAUCAUAUCGACUUUAUCUGGGGCUUGAACGCCCCCUGGAGGUUGUAUGAUGAAAUUAUCACUCUGAUGAAGAAAUACCAGUGAGAGCCAGAGAUACACAAAAGAGUAUUUGCUUAAUUGCUGUAAAAUGAUUGUUUACUUUUCCCAGAUCAUUUGUACUUUUAUAUUCAUGAUAACAUGGUUUUAAAGAUGAACGAUCUUAAUUAGAAGCGCACACACUAGCUAUAUUUUUUCUAAUUAUGACAAUAUAUAUCAAGUUAGGGACUCAAGCAUAGUGUUAAUUUUGUAGUCUAUUAAAAAAAUGCCAUAGGGCAUGAAAAAGUCAUUAUGCCUAUCUUUUUCUCCUCACAAUUUAAAGUCUACUCAGUUGUCUUUUUAUUCUCAUUGAAGGCAAAUUAUCAUGUUGGAAAAUUUUAAACUGUUGGUAGUUAUCAAUAAUCCGUCUCUGACUUGAGUGCAAUAUAAAAUGUACCUAGUUUUUGUCAUUUUUUUCUUAAAAUGAAAACUUACCUGUGUAAUUACCUUGUACUUAUGUAUCAAAUUACACUGUUAUCUGUUUUUUUUUCUAGUAAGUACCUUGUCAAGUCCAAUGGUAUCCCAGCUAUUUUAAUCAAAAUUAGGUAACGGUUCAACCUGCACAAAAUAGUGCUCUGGAGUCUUCAAAUAGUAGACUAAACAGACUUUUAAAGGUCUAUGUCAUUAUGAAUAGCUUAACGACAUAUGGAGUCUGUGUUAUUUUGAUGACAUACACUUUAAGAAAAGUGCUACAGAGAGUAAACCACUACCCCUCUCCCUAUUAUAAUAGCCUCUGAACCAGUCCUCUAGGCUCUGCCUGUCCAUGUGAAGCCAGCGCCCAUGAGAAGUGUCCAAGUUCAUUUACACUCACAGAAACUAAGCACAGGAACGAUUUUAGAGUAAAGCUCAGCUCAUGAAUUGUUUUUCAUUUCGUUUUGCUCCUAUUUUUUAACAAUGCAGCUUUGCAUGUGGAAGCCCAUGUUCACCUGCUUCCAUGUUGCCUCUGCAUUACUGUGUGAGGAACAGAAUGGAACUUGAUAGGUCGUUGUGUCAUAGCUACUAAACAACAGCAAACUAGUACUUGUCAUUGACUGACUCAGGGAGAAUAAAUAACAUUUGUAACAUUUGAAAGAUCAUAUUUAAUAUUUCCAAUAAAACUCAGCCUCAUAGGCCU